AUGUCAAAGAACAGCGAGAGACGUCCUUUGAACAAACACUCUCGCAACAGACAAGAAGAGUUCAAUUGUUGUCAAACCACAAGAAUAGUAAUACUCGUUUUGUUCUUCUGCGGAUUGACGGCAUGGGGAUUAUCAGCAAUUAUAUUGUUCUUUUAUCCAACAGGAACAUCUACCGACAGCACUACAAACGCUACUGAAACUCCUACGGUCAGUACUUCAUACCCUGUUACGGUAUCUCCAUUUACUAAACCUCUAUCCUGUGAGAAACGAAUUGUUGGAUUCUACUCUGAAAGAGAAUUAAAAGAUGCGAAAAAAUUGGAACUGUCAAAAUUGACACAUGCGAUUUUUGCAUAUGUGGAAAUGACAUGGGAGGGAAAUCUGGAUUUGAAGAAUGAUCGGUCGACAGAGAAGUUCCUGAGCUUGAAAUACAAAUCGAAGAAUAUGAAGACAGAUGUUAAAGUGAUGGUAUCGAUUGGCGGAGAGGAGAAUUCAAAGAAUUUCCAAUCCAUUGCAAUUAAUAAAGAGAGAAAAGAAAAUUUCCUGAAUUCAGUGAUCUCAUUUCUAAACAAAUACAAGAUAGACGGUGUUGAUUUAUUCUGGAAACCAAUUGUAAUGAAUAGAAAUCAUUUGAAUCUUCUGAAAGAUCUCCGACGAAAACUGGAUGAAGAAGAAGGCAGGAAAUAUACGAUUUCCAUCACUUUACCAAUACCUGAACUUGGAGUUUUGAUGGAUCCAGAUGAGCUUUUGAAGUAUGCUGAUUUCAUUAAUAUAUUCUCAAUGGAUUAUUACGAACCAUCUCCUUAUCACUCAACUGUACUAGCCGCUCCGAUUUCCCCUCUGUAUUCCGGAGUUGAUGAGAGAAAACACUUCAAUGUGGCGUCAACAGUAAAAUAUUUUGUUUGUGAAACUAAAAAACCGAGUAGAUUCAACAUCGCAAUUCCAUUCUUUGUAAGGUUAUGGAAAAGUGUGAAAGAUGCAGUUGAGCCGACAAACGAUGCAUUCAGAAGGGUGGAAAGUCUGUCAAAUCGAAUUCCCAGCAUGUGCCGUAAAACUUUGAAACAAAAUGGAUGGAACAUAAGCAAUGCUUCAUGGGAUGAAGAAUCCAGAAGUUCGUUCAUAUACAAUCCCGAAUCGGCAACAUACUUUGCAUUUGAAAGCAGAGAAAGCAUAGCUGAAAAAGUGAAAUUUGUGAAUGAGAUGAAUUUGGGAGGCUUUUGGCUCUGGUCCGUAGAUCAAGAUGACGAUGAGAACAGUCUUCUGAAUGCGGUUUCUUCAGAGGAAUUUUGCAAAACUAGCAGUGAGGAUGUUGUUAAAUAUGAUUACUGCGAUUGA